AUGAAUCAAAACUAAAAUUAUUUAAUAGACUAUUAAUUUAGUAAGGAUGAAUAUUUAUUAGAAGACAGCAACCCUUAUACAUAAAGUUAAUAAGAAGAAUAAAAAACCACAUUUAACGAUAGUUUAAAAUCACCAAAUCAAUUUUAACAAUAAAGCAAGCAAUAAAUAAAUUGUUAUGUAUAUGCUUGGGGAAAAAACGAAUACGGAGAACUUUCUUUUAGUUAAACCAAAUAGUAGUUUUACUCUAAACCAGAAAAUCCUAAAAAUUUAGAAAAAAUAUAUAUCAAAUAAAUCAGUACUUCUUAAAAUCAUUCUUCAUGUGUUUCUUCAAACGGAGAUUUAUAUGUUUGCGGAUCUGCUUUACAUGGUAAAUUAGGUUUAGAAAAUCUAACUAUGGCUAAUAUUAAUAAAUUUUAGAUUUUGACUGCUUUAAAGGGAAUCAAAGUUUUAUAAGUUGCGUGCGGAGAUUAUCAUACUUUAGCAUUAACUGAAAACGAUUAAGUCUAUGCCUGGGGAGGUACUUUAUAUAAAAAGGUGGGGUAAAGAGGUGGAAAGCCAGGUCCUAUUCAUCAACUAACAAAUAAAGGGGUUACUUAUAUUGAUUGUGGAGAUUUUCAUUCAGUAGCAAUAACUAACUAAGGAGAUAUAUAUACAUGGGGAGGUGGAGGAUAAUUCUAAAAUAAAGGCUAGCUUGGUUUGGGUCAUAUGAAAGAUAUAGAAAUUCCUGAAUAAAUAUAAUUUUUCAAAAAUAAAAAAGUUAUUAAAGUGUCUUGUGGAUAGUUCCAUACUAUGGCCCUUAUUGACGAUAACUAACUAUAUGGAUGGGGAGCUGGGGAGUUAGGAGAAUUAGGUAGUGGAAAGGUAUUAUAUUUUUUAUAUUUAUUAAUUAUUUUAAUAUUAAAAAAAUAUAUAACUAUUAAUAAAAACAAUUAUUAUAAAAAAGAUCCUUAAAUAAGCGAUAUAAAAUGCGGGGGUCAUCAUACAUUAAUCUUAUUAAAUAUAGGUUAUGUUUAUAGUACAGGAUAUGGUUCUUAUGGAUAAUUGGGUUUAAAAACUACAAAUAAUCAUUGUGAAUUUCAAUUAGUAUGGACUUUAACUAAAAAGAAAAUUAUAAAAAUUGCAGCCGGUUGGAAUCAUUCUUUAGUUUUGACUGAUACAAACGAUGUUUUUUCUUGUGGAUACAAUGCAUGGGGAUAAUUGGGAUUAGGAGAUGAAGAAAGCAGAACUUUAUUUACACAUAUAAGUGCUUUGGCGGGUAAAAACGUAGUCGAAAUAAGUGCUGGAGGAAGCCAUUCUUGGGCAAUUUUAGAACAAUAAUUUCCUGAAAAACCUGGAAAUUAUAGAUAUCCAUCUCCUUUGAGAUAAAUUGAUUAGAAUUAAAUUAUUUAAGGAAAAAGUAGAUAUACAUCUCCAGAUACAAGCGCUUUAAAAGAUGUUUAGAAAAAGGAAAACGUAGAUAAUAUAAAAAAGGGCCCCUAAUUUGAAUUCGAAAAAAUCCUUUAAGUAAUAUAUACAGAAGUUGAUAUGUGUCAUAGGUUUAUAAGGUUUGAUUUAUUAGAUAAUAACAAACAAAAUUUAAAUAAUUUAUUACAAGAAUAUAUGAAUGAGUUAAAAUAGUAUGAAGGAAAUUGUAUUCUUUACUCAAAAUAUUAAUAGGAUGAAGCUAUUUUUGAUGAAAAUAAUAAUUAAAUAAACGCAAAUAAAGAAUGUUUAAACAAAAGCUUUACAUUUAUGAUUAUUAGUGAUCCUUUUAAAAACAAAGAAUUUUAAGAAAACAAUACUAAUUUUAUUAAUACUAAUUGUCAUAUGAAAUCGCUUUCUAUUGGGGAUAGUAUACUAAUUAAAGAAUCAGACUUAAUUGGAAAAAACGAAAAAGAAGUUAAGUUGUGUUAUUGGUUUACCUUAUUUGUAUAAAUGUUUAAAAGUUUAACUUCUAGAAUGAAGUUUAUUGAACUAAGGCCUUAAUCCUUUAUAAAAUAAUGA